AACGUCUCAUUUUACAGUUCACAGUAAUAAAAGGAACCUCUUGCAUAAACCAAAACACAAAAUAGCCUUCCCAACCCUGUCUCUAACCCCAGAUUAUUGGGAAAGGGUUCGAGAAAUUCCAACAACCAACACCCAACGCGUUGGGGAACUCAGCUGAAACAGGAAGCAUGUCUCCCUGCUUCGUCCUCCUGCUGGCGCUCCCUCUGGUGGCCUCUCAGUACAUGGGGUCUGGGCGCUGCCCCUCUCCCCAUGUGAAGGCCAACUUCAGCAUGGACCAGUUCCUAGGACGGUGGUACCCGAUAAUGAAGACACCGUCGAUGAGUUCAGAAGACUCAGGGCCAAGGUGCAGCUCAUGUAACUUGGUCCGACAGAUGGACCACUCUGUGCUCAUCAUCCCGACCCCCCAUCCCAAAAAGAUGAUGAGCGUGGAGUGUUUGCUCUACGAAGGAAGGGAGGAGGCGGCAAAGAUGGAGUCCCACAUGAAAACGGAGUCUGAAUUCUUGAAUGCAUUGAUGCCCGUCUGGGAGAUAUGGACGUUGGAGACAGACUACACCAAUAUGGCCGUGCUCUACACCUGCAAGGACAUCUUGGACAUGGUCUACAUUGAGAUGGCUUGGAUCGUCUCCCGCGAGCGCACCCUGCCCAGCCGGAUGGUGGGCGAGGCCCUGGAGCUGUUGGAGGGCCAGGGCAUCGACGUCAGCCUAAUGACCCAGGCGGACCAGACCGACUGUGACCCGCUGCCGGAGGAGACGACUCCGAGUUAA